AUGCUAAAGUGCUCAAUUGGGAGUAAAGUUAACACAGACUGUGGGUUUUCGGCCAGGUACCCCUUGAUAAAGGAAGUCAUACCAGUUUUGUCGUGUACGAGAGAUGUUAGAGUGCACUUAAAGAAGGUCAAAGUGUCCAGUUCUUCGGUAUUGUCAGAAGCAGAAUUAAUUUUAUUAAGAGCUGGAAUUUUCGACAAAGAGGGGGAAGGGGUGACCGUGUGCCCAAAACAUCGUGAUUGUCUUGGCCUUUCAUGGCGCCCCUCGCGUUUAUGUAAACAUCCUAUGCAUCCUGAAGGAAGGAAACUAACAUGCGAUAGAGGCGUCUCUAAAAAGACCUCAGUGGACGUCAUGAGAAGAUGGAAUACUUUACUUCCCAUCGGUUCAGGUAAGCUGAUUUUAAAAUACUAUCUGCCUUAAAUUUCAAUGCUAUUUUAAGUUGCAUUUCUAUAGAAAAAUUAAUAUUCUGGCAAAGUUAGUUAUCCGAAUUACAGCAUUUUUUCCAAACUUCGAGCGAUCUUUGGCAAAUGCAUAUAAGGUAUCUUAUUACGAUAUGCAAACAACACACACUUUUGCGUUGUUACUGCUAAUUCAAUUACUGUAGAUUAGUAUGAUACCGGCGCUGGUCACAUUCAAGAACUUUCUGGAACUCUAGGCCAUUACAAAACGCCACUUCAGUCAGAAGUUGAAACGUGAUUUAGGCACUGCAGAGCGGAGUUUGCUUUCACAUUUAAUACAUACUAACCCCUUUACAAGAUUCCUUGACAUUUUGUUCUAGGAGCACUCGUUUUUGUAAAUACAUGCCUCGGCAAAAAUCAGUUAAUUAAAUUAUUUCAUUUCGGACGUUGGGAAUAGAACCUUUGCUUCACUUAUAGAUUUUCUCGUAACAAAAAGUAAACAUUUUAAAAACAUCUUUGGUGAAGGCUUGUCUCAAUUUCCAGUUUGCUCACGUACUAGAGCUCUGAUGUCGUGGAAUGAAAAUUCGUCGCUUGUUCGAGGAGGCUCAUAACGGCAUAUUUAUUUUCUCUGAUUAGUAAUCAAGACUACUACCCCUUUAUAUUAAUUGCAAGCACUUCGUCCAGGGAUUGACAAAUCUUGUAUAACAUGUUAGGGUGGCAACGGUGUAAGACUCUGGCCUCGUUUUAUUUUAUAAAACCUAGGAAUAUGUAGACAAUGUCGAGAACACCACAGAGAGGUAGAACAAUUGGAUAUGGAAGGACGCACUCUUUCUACAUGUCCUAUACAGCAACUGGUAUGUGUCAACUUUAGCCGCUGAAGCGGCUUAGAUUGAAACCUUGGGAGAAUACGCACUCAAAAACCCCUAUUUCGUAGUUUAACAAUUGAGCACCCGAAAAAGGUGAAGGCAAUUGGAAGUGCAUUUGACAGAUUUGCUGACGAUGAUGUUUGUCGGCGGUCUUGAUGGGACGCGAGACAGGAGGAGACGAGUAUUAAGGCGAGUAAGAGUGGGUGUGGCACACGCGAGAGAAAAAAACAAACCUUUAUCCUCGAUUUUUACACCAGGGUCGACGGAUUAUCAGACCGAUUACUCGCCUUAUAGUGGCUGAGAAAAGGAAUGAUUUCCUCUCUGGACGAAUAACCUGUAUUUAUUUAUUUAUUUUGAAAAUUGUUUAUCCUUGCAUUUAAAAUUUUGAAAACGGAAUGUUCGUCUCUAGAGUGAGAACAGCCAAUUACCAUGACUAUGACUGCCUAUUACUACUAGGGACUUAAGAAAAAACACAAAAUAUCAUGUUCAAUAUGGUCUAAGCAUUUUUUGAAAAUACAAAAAUCAAUAUGAUUUUAGGCUAAUAAAUGUUUUACUGAAAAUAUUUAAAAAAUGAAAAAGAUAAAAAGAUGGGUUCAAAACUGUUUUAUCAGCAAUCCCGUUACAGAAUUCAAACCCUUUCUUUUAAAAAAAUCUACCAAAAACCUUACAACCCUACUUUUUUUAUUUAUUCCUUAAAUGGUUUAUCAUCACAGGAGUCAGUAAGCCUUGAAGAGGAAUUUUCAGGUGCAUCACUAUGCAGGACACACGAAGAGAUUGGGGAAUUCAAAGAAGGGGUAACGAAGUUUAUUUGCAUGUUAAUUCAAUUACAUCGGCUGCAACUGGAUCAUUUUCUCUUGCUUUUACCUGAAAAUCUUUGAAUGUAUCCCAAACUGUUGCAGUGGAUAAAAAAAUUGAUCAUUUCUUUUUCAUAAUUCAUUCGCUCACAGGAAUUGGCUAGCCCUCAAAACAAAGAAUGCAUAACGAAGCUGAAAUACGAAGGAAGUCCACAGCAGGAAGAGACGGUAAUACUAUUUUGCCCUAUUAUUAAACAGUGAGAUAGAACUUCCAAAUCGUCUUCACGCAGAUGAAUCAUUGUAUACUUGAAAAUUAAAUGAAAUCACAUUAUGGCACAAUUUCUUUUUAGAUUUCGGACAGCGUUAACCUAACGGGUGGCGAUACUCUCUGUAAAACCAGUUUAUCUGAAAGUUUUGAACCUCCGGAUUCGGAACCAGAACAAGACUCCAUUUGCAGUCUUAACACGCCUGGCGGAAAAGAAUGGAUGCCUACACCAGAGGUCAAGGCAAACCUGUCUUCAUUAAACACAUUCAUUACACGCGUUACCGCCCGUGAAGUAAGCCCGGUGAGAGGUCAGUUACAUAGCCCUUUGAGUGACGUUGCAAACAGUACAUCUCGAUAUUACAAGAGAAAAUCACAGCAAGUGUGUGAGGCAGUCUUGGACUGUAUUGCACCAGGGCAAUCUCAAGUUCUUUUUCAACUCAUGACCAGCGAUAAAAUUUCUUAUAUUAAACGUUCCUCUAGCCUAAAUGAACAAAAGAUUCUUCAGAAACUUUUGAUUCUUUAUGAUGAAUCAAACUCUUGGUUUACCAAGCAGGAAAUUCUCUCAAUAUUUGUACAGGAUUAUUCCAAGUCUCAGCUUAAGGAAAUGAUUCCAGGUUUGAGCAAAUGGCGUAUUGAUCAGGCUCGAAAGCAUGCCGCGCUCGUUGGACCAGGACGGCCGAAAGACCCACCUGAGAUACGUCGCACACGCUUAGAUCCUGUAAGGGUGGACCACUUCAUUGAUUUUAUAGCUAGUCCUCAUUAUUUGCAAGACGUUGCAUUUGGUACCAAGGUUCUGAAACUUUCAAAUGGCGAGCAUAUGGAAAUCCCCAAUGUUGUACGGACAGUUACAGCAACAAGGCUAGUGAACCGUUUUGUAAAGAAGAGGAAUUUAUGCCACUGGGAAGGUCAACGCUGUUCACCAUGCUUAAGGUACAUCCCUAUAACAAUUGAUUUGUACCUUAAAGACGGGUAUGUUUAGGAUCGGAGCUGGUUUUUUUAGACUUUUCUAAGUAUGUUCAGGUUGUCGCAUGCCGAACACUAAGAGAAUUGUGUUCCUUUUCCAGAGUACACAAUAUAGUGAAAUUACCUUUGGUGUACAUAGAAGAAACGAAAACUCAUUUUUGCUCAAUUUAUGGACUACGUACUUGAACACGCUUUGUAGGAACGUACCUUAGAGGUAAUAUUCUGGUUUUCCCCUCCAAAAAAAGAAAAAAAAUACGUUUUUACUUGACCUUGGGAAUAAUGAGGGGAAAGUAUGCUCUCAAACAAAAGGUUGUCUGAUUUACAUAUUCAACGAUAAUAGUUAUACGGGAACUAAAUCCAAAUAUUCACGGAGUUGUGCAUGAACGUUUCUCCUCGCCCUUCCCACUGACAGUAGAAAGCAACUAAUGUUCAUGGUAUACUGUACUUAUGCCAAGUUCCAACUUUGAUGUUGUAAGCUUUGUGCGACAUCCCAGAAGAAAUCUCUUGCUGGCCUUGACAAUAUUACCACUGAAGGGAUAUCAUCAAUGCAGACAUUACACGACGUUGCUUCACAGCUGGCCAAAACAGGUAGAGCACAUCAAAAAUAAACUUCUUAAAAACGUUUGACGCAUCAUGAAAGAGCACAUUAUUAGAUUACGUGACGUACCGACAGUAUUUCUCGCGGCCUGAUGACGCGUGUUGUUUUCAGAUGCGCAGCGCGAUAUACAGUGGUAAAUGACUAGCCCGCAUAAUAGGUGCUUUAUGGGCCAAGCGAAGCGAACGCAGCAUUUUGCACGAAGCGCGAGACGAGGGGGGGAGAAACAAUGGACUGGUUACAGGCGCUUUAUUUUUCUCCUCCCCUCGUCUCGCUCUUCGCGCAAACUGCCGCGUUCACCUCGCUUGGUUAUAAAGCGCAUGUUAUGCAGGCUAGUAAGUGACCGAAGGGGUCAGUAGAGGCGUGGGUGCGCUAUUGUUUUCGCCAUUAUAUUUGUGGCGAUUGCAGGCUCAGAAUGAGCAACAAAAUACAAGUAUCUAAAUACCGUUUGCUUAACUAUUCAUCGAUUUUAAAAAGCUAGAUUUCUUGAUAGAGUGGCGAGAUAGAGUGAAAGACAGCCACUCUUACAUUCUUACUUACGGUUUUCUUUUCAACAGGUAAAUCAAAUGCGUGGGCUAAGGAAAUCCAAGAAAGACUGAAAAGUAGCAAACUCUACCUCAAAACAGAUUACAAACUUCACAUUGCUGAGGAUAGCCGCUGUGCUGAUCAUUGUCGAAAGCACGCAUUAUCUGACGCGGAGCCAGAAUUCCAUGAGCCAUGUCGUCACAAACAUGAUGUGACAUGUGAUCGCUGCGAAGUUCUGGAAAACACACUAACUGAAAUUGAAGUAGCAAUAUCUUAAGAGAAAGCACAGCUGAGGUACGGUUCUCUCGCCAGUAAGGUUUUAUAGAUAUCUUAAUGAGUGUGUUAGUGGAAGAUGGCCUGACCAGCCGGAGAAAUUUAUAUUACGCACAUCUGGGAACUGGUCGAGUUGCGCUAUUUCUACAUAAAUUCUUUAUAGGUAAGGGAAGCACCAUUUAAAAAUUGGGAACAGAAGGCGUAGGGAUUUCAAGUUGCAAGUUUAAUGCAAGACUUUUCAUCCCGGUUACUCGCUCUCGAAUUAUGGUGCCUUGAAUAUUUGUUUUUACUUCGCACACCUUUCGCCGCUUUUAAUGGUCCGUCUUUAAUUUUCGUGAUGUAAUUUCUGUAAUAAUUCCGAACGUCGCGUAUUUUUUUUGUGAGACGCAUUUCUAGUCUAUCCUGAGGACGCUGAAAAUAGCUGACAUGAGUGGAUUUGUCGUUCAUGCAUUGCAAAAUACAACAUUUUUUUUUACUGAAUUAUUUCUUACUAUAGUAAAGACCAACAAGAAGAGAUAGCUCAUGAAGUCGAGACAGCAAUUAAAAAGAUCCGUGACUGGAAAGCUCAUUUAAUGAGAACUGCACACCAAGACGCAGCCAAGUCUACUGUCCUUGAGAAACUGUCGUCCAGUCAAGUAUUUAUUAUCAUGGAUUGGGCGAUGAAGUUUUUGCCUGUAAGUUUUCGAGAAAGUCAAUCAGAAUGGUUUGGCAAAAAGGGAAAAUCCUGGCAUGUGUCUGCGGCAGUUACAAAAUCUCCCGAAGAAGAACUUGAGGUAUGGAUCCCGAUUAAGAAUAAUGAUGUCGUAAUAUCUGAUCAUGGUAUAGGUAAGGAUAACAAACGAUCAGUGAAGCUAGUGUUUGACGGGCAAAGCUUCCUUUUUCUUAGGUGUUUGAUGCUCAACAGUUUAAAGUUAAUUUUAAACAAAGGUUAACUAAUUAUAAUUAGAUAACACAAAACCAGCACCCAUUGAAUUGUAGUGCUGGGUUAUCCUGCCUUGUUAUUAUCAUUAUCAUUAUCAUUAUUACUCAUGCCAAAUUUCACAUUACAAAAAAUUUUCAUUGAGCCUAUUUGAAUUUUACAGAAAUCAAUUCUUGCUUUUUUACCUUACCUAGAGCGAACUGUUUUUCCUAGGUUAAGACGUUUGUCCACAUCUUUGAUCAGACUGCUCAAAACUGGUUCGCCGUCCCUUCGAUGA